AGAGAGAGAAACGUAGAAGAAUAUUCGUGGUUGUAUAGAUGAUUAUCAUGUUCGGGGUGACUUUACCUUAAUUGCAACAGUCCAUCCGAAGAAAAACGGAGGAAGCAAAGCACAGAAUGGUGAUGAUACAAACAGCUUUACUGUUGCUUUUGGUUUCGGUUUUAAAUGGGUAUGCACAGACCCUGCCCCCUGCCAAGUACGAUGGGUUCUUAUACGAGCAUCGCCCAGUUGACCCGGAUUCGAUUCUGAUCGAAGCCUUCUUCGACCCGGUCUGCCCUGACAGUCGAGAUUCCUGGCCACCCCUCAAGCAGGCCCUUGCCUACUACGGGCCUCAUGUCACUCUUGCUGUUCACCUUUUACCGUUGCCUUACCAUGACAACGCUUUUGUUGCUUCUCGUGCUUUACACAUUGUAAAUCAGCUGAAACCUUCUGCGACAUUUUCGGUGUUGGAGUGGUUCUUCAAGUAUCAGGAGAGGUAUUACAAUGCUCAAACCCGCAACAUUUCUCGAGCUGCUAUUGUAGAUGACUUAGUGAAGCAACUGACAUCUGUAGUUGGGAACUCUUAUCAUAGUUCCCUGGAAUCAGGCUUUACUGACCGGAAAACUGAUCUCACAACAAGGGUUUCCUUCAAGUAUAGUACUUCAAGAGGGGUGUAUGGAACGCCUUUUUUCUAUGUAAAUGGAUUUGUAUUGCCUGAUGCUGGCGACGCACGAGAUUAUAACGGAUGGAGAAAAGUGCUUGACCCAUUAGUUACGGCACCAAAGAAACAGGAAAAUCUACAUUUCUUCUUGUAAAGGAUCUUGCUAAUUGGUUCAUGUUCUUCGUUUGCUGAAGAAUGAAGUCCAAAAUGUGGUUUCAAUGCUUAUAUUAAUGAACCUGGCCAUUAGGCCAUGGAAUAAAUGAUCUGUAAUGCAACACUGGUGAAAAUUGGGUUUGGUAUGCUUAAGAAUCCUCUCUUAUCUCUACUA